AUGGCUCGUAACGUUCUCAUCACCGGCGCUUCCGGAUACCUAGGUGGGACCCUUCUCGCCCGCUGGAGAGCCGCCAACCUUCCACCAUACAGUACACUGUACGCACUGGUUCGAACAAAAGAGCAAGGAGAAUCAGUGAAGAAAUAUGGUGCUGAGGCGAUCACCUUCGACGUUAACGAUGAAGCUGCAACCACGGCAGCAAUCAUCAACAACAAGAUCUCCAUCGUUUUCUUCCUCAUCGAUGCUAUGGCAUCAGCUUCCCAAGUCUCUAUGAUCAAGGCUCUUGCGAAAGUCAAGAAAGAGACAGGACAGGAAGUUCACUUUCUACAUACCUCCGGGGCGAAGCUGUUUAGCAACCACUCCAACCAUCCCGUCGAUCGGCCUUUGUUUGACGAUGAUCCGCAGCUUCAUAGAAUUCAAAAGGAGUCACGGCCGAUUUUCCCACCAGUGCAAAAAGGACUGGAUGCCAAUAACACAAUCAUAGAGACUGCGGAUGAGUUCGGUGUGAAAAGCUAUAUCUUUGUCCCGUGUAUCGUCUACGGCCAGGGUGAAGGGUUUGGAAAUCCUAUCUCCAUUCAAACGGUUGCGAUUGUGAAAGCCGCAAAGAAGCUGGGUCAGGUUUAUAGACCCGAUUCUGAUAUUUUGACCUGGCCAGUGGCUCAUGUUAUUGACACCACAAUGCUAUACCUAGAAAUCAUGCGGAAAAUACUCUCUGAACAGGAUAUUCCCCAUGGCAAAGCUGGCUAUUAUCUUGCUUCCAGUGGUAGUGUCCCCUGGAAUGAUAUUUACGGUGCAAUGGCAAAGAGCCUUGCAUCGCGUCAGAUUAUUCAUACCGAUAGUGUGGAGCCAGCGGAUGAAGGUGCUCUGGAGAAGAUGGGGCACGCAUUGGGCUGCCCGACGGCUCUAGUUCCCUUGUUCCUGGGGGGUCAAUGUACACUCGAAUCAAAAAAUGGGCAUCACAUUGGUUGGAAACCGCAGUUUUCGUCAGGGCAUAUAUUAGAAGCUGCAGACGCAGAAGUGGAAUUGAUUCUUGGCAACAUCCACUGA